UCUGCCGUGAAGUACACCUAUUGGGAAGCGGUUUUUGGUGUUGAACGGCUUGUAUUUCAUCUGAAUUUGAUUGUGUUGCUCUACAUCACUUUUGAAUACGUAUGCCAUCUUUGGUUAUUGAUUGAUAUCGAUUGGACCCUUACCAGUACCAUCAGUACAGACACAAUUUUCGCUUUGUCGUUUAUCACCGCACUGAUCAGCUGCGUCUUUCAUGAUUACGGUAUCAACGCUCCCAUAUUGGAAUCCAAUGAUCUGGCCUUUGUUAUGUUAUCUAUGGCUUUUGCCUUGCAUGCGUUUUCACCGUUUAUCAGGAAUCUACUCUUCGCUCACUAUGCGGUGAUUUCUACGUUGCUUACGGUCUCAUUAUCAAUUUUAUCGACAUAUUUGCUUUGGACUUUGUAUGUGGAAUUAUCAGUGAUGUGGAUGUUAUUUCAAUUGUUUCUACUAUUUGUUUGUCCGUUUAUUUUGAUUGUUAAACAGAAAAGUAAGCAAACGAUUCAUGGCCCAUGGGAUGAGGCGAUUCCACGCAAGGACAUAUCA